AUGUCAUUCCUUCCGCGUCUUGGAUCCGAAAUUUGUACCAUUUCGAUAAGUCCUGAUCAAACCUUAUACGCUUUCUUAAUUGGAAUUCCCGGCACCAUCCAAUUUUAUAAUGCUUAUACAGAUAGACAUGUAAUGGAAGUAGAGGUUUUGUUACGAAAUUUAGUAUCUAGUUCAUUUGAAAAAGAAAUUAUAUAUCAUCACGUCUGUCAUGUAGCAUUCUCAUCAAAUGGAGAAUGGAUGGCAACG